GCGCGCCAGAGGGCGAGGGUACGCGCGGUAGCGCGACAGGUCUGUGUCUGGAGUACAAGGAGGGUGGAGGGAAACUAUGGAAAGGGGAUUGAUGGCGGUGAAGAAAUGACAAGUUUGGGAAUAUAAAUUACACAAGAGUUACCUGAUGAGGAGCCUUCAGCGCCUGGGACGAUGAAACAAGUACCUUAGGAGAUGACCACCACUUUACGCAUGAUUUGAGGAGCCGGAGAAUCUCAGAGGGACCCAUGGCACAGUAGAAAAACAAGAAACAAGGAAAUACCCAGUAGAAUUAAGUUAAACUUCUAAAAUCUCUUUCCAAGAUUGACAACAAGUACGCUUCGAAAAUGUUAAAAGCCGAAAACAAAGCGGAAAGGACACUGAGGAGUGCGUCGCCGCAUAGAAAUGCAUACAAGUCGGACUUCCAUGCUAUAAAGUGCACCUUUGAUGGGACGAAAUCCGACGGAGCAGCAAAGUCAUAUGCAAACGGGUCUAGCGACACCCGGGAGGACACGAGGGGGAGGCCUUUUGGUAAUCGGGUGAACAAGAUAAAGAAUAUUUUCUUGCAGAUGGAUGGUCAGCAGCAAGAGAUUCAAGAGGUAAAAACUGUUUUGAAAGUCGACUUGUCCCCAGUCUCCUCACCAAAGGUGCCAUUUGUAGUCCCCACACAUAAAUCUAACUUGAACAGUGCCACCAGUCCAGAAUCUCCAAGUUUAGAGAAAACCGCCAAGGGUGAAGAUGUCGAAAUUGACAAAGCAGCUUUAGCAGAGAAGUUUUCAUCAACUAGAAAACUCUUUGAGAGGAGCAUAAAAGAACAACCUGCAGCUGAGAAGUCUGCCAGCAGGGUUGUAACCCGUGUAUCUCUGGGAAGUGUGUCUGAUGGGGUGAAAAGCACCAGGAGAUUGUCAGGGUCCACUGAGACUAGCAACAUUAAAACCGAGCCUGGCCCCACACCAGUCACGAGAAGCCGGCCUGAUGAGAGGAGCGAUACUGAGGAGACAAAACACAUGCCCAGGUCACUCAAUGCCGGACCCAUUUCCAGACGGCUCGACAACUUUAUUGCAGACAGUGACAAUGAGAUGCAAGCCACAGAAAUGUCACCUAAAGUAUGCAGUCCCACAGAUCGCUCAUUGCCAAUAUCUCCGACAAGGGACAGUUUUUACAAGUCCACUUCUUCAACUGAUGAUUCCACUAACAAAGCCACGUCCAUAGUUAGUAGUGUCAUCCUCAAACCAACCUCCCCAGUCACAAACACCACCCCCAAACAAAUUAACCAAACAGCCAAUGCCACUCCAAAGCCCAUAUCCCCAGAGCCCAUAUCCCCAGGUGGUCAUAGCUCUUACAAGCGCUCUCCCUCAACCAGCGAUGGUUUCAGCAGACCAUCAGCGGGAAGCAAUGGAGUAAACCCCUCCAGUCCGUCCCCCAGGGAACAAAAACAGUCUAGCACAUUUGGCAAUAGCUUUAACAGUGGCAACAAGGCCAAAACUUCAGACAGUGCCAAGAGUGAUGGGCAGUUGGCACAGAGUCCCACCAGGGAAAAGCCCCCGAGCCAGGCCUCAUCUCUGCCUGGCAUGGUCCGUGCUGAGCUUGUAGUGGUCCAAAAUGAGUCAUCAGAAAGCGAGGAGACUGAAGAUGAGAAUGUCGAUGACAAUGUCUUUGAUGAGCUGAAUGUGCAACCCCCAAAAGAGAUCAACGUUGAGCUAGAAGAAUCACCACCGAAGGUGGUCAGUGUGAAUGAUGAGGGCCUUAAGUGGAUUGCAGACAGAGAAGGCGAGGGGACAGUGAUUAUAUUGGAUAAGGGAAAGGAAGUGAGUGGAGUGGAGUCACAGCAUGAACCAAAAGAGGAGAACAAGGAAGAGACGAGUCUUGUGGAUCGAGCGGAGGAUUACGCCGAAAAAGAGCUUGAAGAGGAGGUUCCGGAGGAGGAGAGUGAGCAGGAGGAACAGGUGGAACCCUGCAAGGUUUCCCCAGUGGUAUACGGCAUUGAGAACGCGGCAUUUGUGGAUGAUAGAGACUCCCACCAGAUCAUCAAGGAGGAGGAUGAAGAGGAAAAAGAGCCAGAGGAGGAAUAUUGUGAGGAGGAGGACUUUGAGGAGGUCCCUGGCCUUUCCGAUGAGGAGGAAUCACAACCAAGGAGAAAGAUCAAGUUCUCAACAUCGCCUAUACGGGUUUUCGCCACCUACUCCAAUGAGGACUACGACCGGCGUAACGAUGAGGUGGACCCUGUUGCAGCGUCAGCGGAGUAUGAGCUGGAGAAAAGGGUGGAGAAGAUGGAUGUGUUCCCCGUGGAAAUUGAAAAGGGAGACAACGGCCUGGGCAUCAGUAUCAUAGGAAUGGGAGUGGGGGCCGACCAGGGCCUGGAGAAACUGGGGAUCUUUGUGAAGACCAUUACUGAGGGUGGAGCGGCUGAGCGGGAUGGGAGGAUCCAGGUAAAUGACCAGAUAGUAGAGGUGGAUGGCAUCAGUCUGGUUGGAGUGACCCAGCUGUUUGCUGCUACAGUCCUGAAGAACACCAAAGGAACAGUCAGCUUUCUGAUUGGCCGGGAGAAGCCAGGCACCCAAAGCGAGGUGGCGCGCCUCAUCAGUGAGACACUGGAACAGGAGAAGAACCAGAAACAGCAACAGCACCUGGACGACCCCUACGAACACUCCACUGAGGAGGAGGACCACUACGAGGAGGAUGAUGACCGGGAGCAAGGAAUACUAAGGUCUAGUUUCUCCAGCGGAAGGACGGCAGAGGUGUUCGACCUGCCGGAGACCGAGGCCAUGUUCAUGCCCUCCAACAUGGACUCGACACAGAUGAGCUUCAAGUUCAAAGAGCUUCAGUUGAAACACAGCAUAGCGACAGCUGAAAUAAAACAACUGAAGGAGAAGCUAAGGGCAUCCGAGGAAGACAAAGGGUCCAGGGAGGUGAGAGAGGCAGAGCUGGAGCAGAAGAUUGAGGAGAAUAAUGAGAAGAUGUUGAAGCUGGAGAAGUACUGGCUGGAGGCCCAAGCUUUGUGUAAAACAGUCAAUGAGCAUCUUUCAGAGACCCAGAACCAGUACGAAGCCUUGGACAAAAAGUACAACAAGGCCAAGAAAUUGCUCAAAGACUACCAGCAGAAGGAGAUUGACUUUGUGAAGAAGGAGGAGGAGCUGAAGAAAUUACUAGAUGAGAAGGAUCGCUUGUACAAGGAGCAGCUUGACAGUCUACAGGACAGGAUAGUGGCUCUGGAGGGCAGCGGCCCACCUGCUGACAAGGGCGAGAUCCAGUCGGGUCUGAGCUCUGCUGAAGAGAAGAGAAGGUCCAGUCAGGGCAGCGAAGGCCCCCUCACAAAAACCCAGUCUGUGGACUCUCUCCCGUUAGACUGGAGUGAGGUGGUCCCUGAGACGGAGCGCCUGGACACCAGCGCACACAAGGCCAAGGUCCUACUGGCCCCAAAGAGGAGUCGUCCGUCUCGCACCAAGCUGAAGGAGAACCUUGGGGUGUCGCCGUGCCACUCACAGGCGAAUGAGGAGGAUGAGGAGGAGGAAGAGGACAUGUCCAGGAGGAGAAGAUCCUUCCAGGAGAGCCUGUCUGUGCCCGUGCCUAUCUCCUCUGGGAAUGGCCAGAAGGAUGACCCCCCAGAGGCUGGGGAGAGAUCCAGGCUGCCCCUGUCCCAGAGAGACAGUGGCGAGAGUGGUGGUAGUUCCUCCCUGUCCCAGCCCAAAGACACCUCUUUGCCCUCACCACACUCCCCAUCAGGGGUUUUGCACAACGUGAAGAAGAGGGACUCCAAGGGAAAGGUCAAGGAGCUCAAAGAUGAGCCAAUUGAAAGUUCUUCAGCUGGAAAACCCAAAAAGAACAUUUUUGGUGGCCUCCGGAAGUCUGGUGGCAAAGGGAAAAAACAUGACAAGGAAGCGAUGCGAGCCUCUCUGGACAGCAGGGGUUCUGCCGAGCUGUUGGAGGAGUCUGGGGGAAACCUGUCCCCCUCUGAGUCCAUGACCUCUGUACCCACCUGUAUGCCCUUCUCUUGGUUUGGGGACAGAGACCGGGACAGGGAGCCUUCGUCCUCUAGCAGCAGCCUGCCGUACACGGCCAACGAGACCAGCAGCGAACAGAGCCAGGACCGCAAGAACAAGACAAAUCUCUCCUGGUCCUCCUUAUUCAGUCGCUCGUUAGAUUUGAGUUUGUCAGUCAUAGAUGAUUCAAACCCUGGCAGCCCCAGGUCAGACACCUCAGGUCUAGUUGCGGAGCCCAAUCUGUCUGGGCGCUCGCAUACUUUAAUCUUCUCGUCCAGUGAGACCCUGGAUGACGAGCCAGUGCCCACAGGGAAAGAGUAUCAAUGGCAGAACCGCCCAGUCUCCGAAUGGACCAAUCAGCAAGUCUGUCACUGGUUAAUGGGUAUGAACAUGGACCAAUACACGCCUGAGUUCACAGCCAAAGGUGUGGAUGGCCAUCAGCUCAUGCACCUGGACAGUGACAAGUUGAAGGCCCUGGGCGUGUCCAGCCAGAGUGACCGGGCCACCAUCAAGAAGAAACUGAAGGACAUGAAAAAGGCCCAGGAAAAGCUGGAAAAGCAGCGGGAGAAAAAAGAGAAAGAGGCAAGACGCAGCGGGAGACUGCCUCCGAACAGCGACUCGGUCUGCUGAGCUGCCUCAGUGGUGACCUGCUCUCCCGCUCUGAACAACCCAACGCACCCACACCCCCCCCUUCUCCAGGAAAGCAGACCAGUGUCUAUGCCGUUUCACAUGUAGGCCUAAGUAGGUGCCACUCAAUUUGCGGUAUACACCGACUAACAAGGCAGCACCAAUGCAGUCACGCACACCAGUAAAGACAACACUGGCGCUGCAGCGGGGGGUUUAAUAUGUCAAUUGGGAGUAGCCCUGUUUAUCUAGUUGACUGUUGUUUUCCUGUCAAAGCUCUGUCGGUGGAUCAUUUAAAGGACACAACAGCUGGCUCUGCUUUUUAAUCAGCUCAAAAACAAGUUGACUUUCCUGUCUCCACUGAUAUGUCACAUCAUCGUCAUGGCGAUAGGCUGGGGAGACAGUGGGACAUGUAAAUGUGAUAUUGUUAUAAUGACAAGUGUUGGAAACGACCAAAACCUGACAUGUUUUUACCACUAUAAACCUAUAGAAGUGAGUUUCCAUAUGUAGUUGCAGCGUUUGUGCACCUUUACCUAUACAAUAAGUGGAAUGAAUGCAGUACAGCUUUUUUUAAGUGUUUUCUAUUGUAUUUUUGCUAGCAUUUCCUGUAGCCAUGUACAGAUCUGUUCUUGCAGGAACUUUGUACAGUUAUUGAGAUAAAAGCACUAUAUUGUCUUUUAAGCUUCAAAGGGUGACAAGGUUUUAAGUGUAUAGAGUUUUAUACAUAUGCCUAUUAACUGCAUAACUUUAAACAAAACAAAAUAAUGAUUAAGGUCCAUUUUAUAUAUAUAUACUUUUUCUACUAAGUAGAAUAGCCACUAGGAUGAAAUUCGCUAAAAAAUUAUUAAUUAAUGAAAACAAAUAAUGCUGCUUAUCCCAUGUGCCUGUUUUGAAAAGGGGAUUUUUUUUUACUGAUGUUCCUAUUGAGCUGAACAGUUUAUGCGUUGCUGAAAUGGUACCAAGACAUGCAAUAUUAUUUUAUCCUGCAUGCACUCCAUGCUGACUGGGUCUGGAUACAAGGUGUGUGUCUACGAAAAUAAAUCAUUGCAAUUGUUGGCUGUGUCUUGUUUUAACAUUAAUGUUGGAUGAAUGUUAAGCUUGUCAAAAGCCAAGCGUUUGUCAAACGUUUUUUCUAAGCAUGUUUUGUUUAUUUUGUACAGUAAAGACACGUAGUUAAAUUCCCUCCACUUGUUCCACUGCCAAUAGUUAAACCCUGUUCAUCUAUUCUUGGUACAUAUUGUAAAAGCAGCAUAAAAUAAACUAAUUCUCACAUCAGA